AUGGAUGGAGAGCAGAAGGUGAUGGAACAAAAGGCAGGUGACACAUUAGAAGUUCAAAGUCCGUUCAACGCGAGUAAACCGGAAACUGUCCUAUCUUCUCCUCCUCCUCCUGUACAAGAUCACAGUGUCGAUCAAACGGAUGUGGUGUCUGAACAAGCAAAGAAUACACAGAAGCAGCCAGUAUCCAGUGAGUCAGGUGAGAGGAGAACUGAGGCAAUCAAGAGAGAUGCUACACCACCACCACCACCGGGUAAUGGUAGCCAUGAUGACAGUACCAUCGAAGGAACUGAAUUGCCGGCCCAGCAGCAACCAGCGGGUCCACAAAGUAACCUUGGUACUGCACAGUCGCAACAGAACACUAUGGAAGUGCAAAGGCCUACAACUACAGGAGACGAUGAACCUAAAAGUAAUGAUACUACACCCAAUACAGAAUCCUCUGCCCAAACAACUCCACAACCACAAGAAAUUAAUGGAACACAAUAA